GUUAAUCUUUCAUUUUUCACACAUGGACAACCAGAAAACAGACAUUUCACCUUUUUGAAAACCCUCUAAACUAACCAACCCCCUUUGGUUGCUCUUUAAGAAACUCACCAUUUCUCUCCCUAAAGGAGUGAUCUUGUUGUCCGAGAGCUGCAUCCAUGGCUCCCCUUUGAGAAUCACCACACAAAAAUUACACAGAAACAAAGAUCAUAGUACAAGUUAGUUAAUUAAUGGAGGUUCAAUCUCCUUCGGUGAAACGCCCCUAUGACAUCACCAUGUCAAGAAGAACAAGGAAACAGCAAUUUUCAGUGCAAGGCAAUGAGAAACCAAAAUCAGCAACGGGUGAUGAGAAACUGACAGUGGAAACUGCUCAAAGCAAUGGUAUUAUUGCUGAGGUGAAACACGGUGGUGAGAGUGACCACAAAAGCUUGAAGCAGUUGAUCAUAGGAGAUGACAAUGAAAGAAUGAAGGGUAAUAAUAACAGUGAUGAGGGAGGGAAGGGAUCAAGAAACUCACUUGGUGAACAUUUCAGCGAGGAAGAGAAGCAACAACAUCUUCAGCUGGUUCGGAUGCAACAGAAGGACAACCUUCAAGGUUUGAAGUUCAAGAAGUUGGUCAGUCGUUAUGCCAAAGUUUUGGGACAUUUGCUGAAGGCUAAGCGUGAUCCUCACUUAGGUGAUGCAGGGAAAAAACCUCUUUUCAAGUUAUCAGCCUAGGAAAUUUUUUGCUGAUUUCCUUCCUUCCAUUCAUCUAUUUUCUCUCUAUUAUUAUUAUUAUUAUUUUUCCACUUAGCUUUCCUGUCAUACUCUUGCAUCUCUGUAUCCU